UUCUAUCAGCACAGCACUUCGCUCGUCCAGCAGUUUUCGAUAAUAUUCGGUUGCGUGAUAAGCCUACGUGUGUGAAAACAUUCAAUUUAUUUUCCUCUCUAGAUCACGUAAAACGUGUUAUUCGAUUGAAUUAUCUCGUGUAUCCGCGAGCGAUCGAGUAUAGUCGCAAUAACGGGUGUGGAUCGUGAAUAUUUUAUUAGAUUCUAGAAAAAAAGUGUUUGAUUUGACAUCUUGCGUUUCGCAAGUUUGACAAAGCUGUUUAUUUGUGUAUGCCGUGAUUGUCGUGUGUAGAUUGGGAGAUAUUAUUGGUGUUUUAUUGGUGCGUUGGUAACAGGUGAAGUGGUGAACGAAGUGUUUCUGUUUUAGUGAAGUUUGUUUGGAUUCGUGAUGUGUCUGUGCAUGCGUCCAGCUCGCUCAACCAUGGUGCGGAAGGGAGAUAGACAAAUCAGCUUUUCCUCAUAAUGGGGUAUUCGUCACCGCGGCCGCGUCGUACCGCCGCCCACCAUGCUGCGCCCGGAGUCGCCGCUCGCUGACCACCGCAGCCUGCUGCCGCGCCGCCUCCUCCCCGUCAAGGCCCAAAUAGCCCCCGCCGACAAGCGCAAGAACCGCCGCUCACUAGAACUCAACCCACCCACCGACUACGAAUACCCCAAGCUCCUCAUCUCCAAAACUACCGACUCCCUCAACACAACCAAGAAACAAGAAUCCGCAGACAGCUUGAAAAGACUCCUCAAAGACGACAAGAAGAAAGUCGUCAAACAGGAUUCCACUGAGAGUCUCAAGAAAGCUUUCUUAAGCCGACAAGACUCCAAUGAUAAGAAGGAAUCUAAACGGCCGAAGCAGGAUGUCAAACCUGAAGUCAAAGGGAGCGAUAAGAAGGCGCUUCUCGAAACGGAUAACUUCGAGGAGACUUGUAAAAGACUGUAUGAGCGCAGGACAGGCGCCGCUCGUCCGUCUUUACCCCCCGUAGCGGAGAAAGGGCGGGAAUCUCCGGAAUCUCCGAACAGGAGUCCUUUGACUCCUGGAGUGGCAGCGAUUGCUGAGGGAGUAGUUCGGUGGGGAAGUGGCUUGCUUUCUCCUAAAGAGGAGCCGAGGUUGAGGACGGCUAGGAGCUGGUAUGGAUAUGGGACGCUGCCGACUGAUAGCGAAAAGUUGGGAGCAGGCGCGACGGGUCCCGGGGCAAGGGCGCUAGAACUGAUCCUCAGCGGAGGCCUAAAGUCCCUGGCGAGGCCCGCGCGGCCAGUCCGCAGGGCUGCGUCGCGGGACUCUGUGCUAUCACAACCUCAGCCGUUACUUGAAGGCCUCCGCAAAUGCUCGACAGUGCUUGCUCUCACUGACCGCGAGAAGGUGACUGAGCCCAUCCGCGCCCACAACCGGCUCCGGGCGCCCUCCGUCUGCUCCCGGUGCUCCUCGCUACUGUCCCUGGCUGGCGCCGGCUCCAGGUAUUCCCUGGACGGCGCCGGCGGUGGCUUCGUGCCAGCCGCUCCAGUUAACUGCAAGCUCUGCUUGGAAGACGCCGCCCCCGACAAGGUGACCGUCAUCUCGGGCUGCGGCUGCGCCUACUGCACUAAGUGUAUGAAGGCGUAUGUCGAGUUCGAAGUCUGCAACGGAGCUUACGAGGUGUCAUGUCCCGACGCAAGGUGCCGGGCGGGUGCGGCACUGGCACUUGAAGAGAUCUCGCAACUGGUCGACCCUAGUGUUAUGGAGAAGCAUCUCAAGUUCAGGCUUAACCAUGAAGUGGCGAUGGACGCGAACCGAGCGUUCUGUCCCCGCGUCGGCUGCGACACCGUCGUGUCAGUGCGCGCCGCCAGCCCAGCACACUGCCCGACAUGUCGGCACGACUUCUGCUCACAGUGCAACCAGGAGUGGCACGGCAGCAUGUCCUGCGAGGCGGCAGCGGCGUCUUCAUCCAUGGCCGGCGCUGGAGCCCCGCUCCUGCCCGACUCGGAGCUCAUCAAACUGUGUCCCAUGUGCCACGUCCCUAUUGAGAAGGAUGAGGGCUGCGCACAGAUGAUGUGCAAACGGUGCAAGCAUGUGUUCUGCUGGUACUGCCUCGCGUCGCUCGACGAUGACUUCCUGCUCCGGCACUACGACAAAGGGCCCUGCAAGAACAAGCUAGGACACUCGCGCGCCUCCGUACUGUGGCAUAGAGCACAGGUGGUGGGCAUAUUCGCCGGCUUCGGUCUGCUCCUUCUGGUCGCCAGCCCGCUGCUGCUGCUCGCGGCGCCCUGCAUCGUCUGCUGCAAGUGCAGAUUAUGCAACCCAAGCACGAAAAAUCUCGAAGAAGUGGAUGAAAUCGAGAGCAUAAGUCCCGGACGCGAAGACGACGACGAAAUAACACGCGCCAGGUACCUCUCCGACUGACGCACGAAACGCUCCAAAGAGGGCUCUGGCCGAUGGUAGACCAUGUGAGGACUUGAGGUGAGCUGUGAUUGGUCGAACGUAGAACAGGUGAUCAGUGAAUGGUCGAAAAAGGAAACAGUGAUUGGUCAGCAGUAAAGGUGAAUAGUGAUUGGUCAAAGACGGAAGAAGUGACUUGUGAUUGGCUAAACGCAGCCUGGAGCUUGGAGACGAACUUUGACUCGACUGUUUAUCGCUGAUGGAUUUAUGUUGUGAGAUUUUUUAGUGCAGAAAUGUGAAGUGAAGAUUUAGUUGGGCUUUGUUGUAAAUAAUUUUGAGCCAACGUUGAGGAAUUUGGCCCAAUUGAAAAUGGGGAAUUAAGUAAAGAAAAUUUUGAUCCUACGAAGACCGUUCAAUCUGUCUGUGUAUAUGAUUGACUAGUAGCUAAUUUUGACGGACAACCAUCGUUGACAAAUGUAACGAGGUAAAUGAGCUGAAUGCAGUCAAGACAGUUGACAAGAUUUUUAUACAAUCUUGUUUAGAAAUUCAGCCAUUUAUAUUCGUGUAGGGAGUUUUGCCAGGCAAAUACUCUGGUAUACAUAUUUUGAUUCUGGCCAAGGUUAUGUAUCGCCGUGUCUUGCGUGGGUGACGGUCGCGCGACCGUCGUGCGACCGUCGCCGUUGCGUCUCAUACUUCCAUAUCGAUAAGGUUUGAUUUCGUAUGCGUCGCAUCGCCGUCGCGCGACCGUCGCCCACGCAAGCCACGGCGUAAGUGUGACAUUGACGUUAGCAGUAAGACUCUAAAAACAAAAUUGGAGACAUUAUAAAACCUAAUAAAAUGUAUUUAAAAGCAGAACUUAGUGUCUUCGAAUUUAGUUUUUGGGGUUUGUAAAGAUUUCAGGCCAAUGUAUUUAAUAUUGCAUGUAGUUAUGUACAUCGCUGUUUUCGUGAUUAUUGACGACGGGUGAAACCCUGACCGUAAAGAAAUAAUUGUCAGAUUAAGAUCAUUUUGUAAAACUUCAAAUAUGUAUAAUUUGUAUGGUCGCACAAACCUCACCGAUUUAAUCGUAUCCAAUUUGCGGACUCUUGGUUGCUACAUUGAAUGCAUUACACUUAGCGCAUGCGAUUUGUUGCAAGGUCUGUACAGGCCUCUAGCUUUUUUGACUUGGCUUGAAACAUUCAAAGCCGUAGGGAGCCUUUCUAGCAGAGAUGUGCUACGUGAAUGCUUGAUAUCAACCGAUGACAAUUGGUCCACGUUGCAUAGCACUGGGUCAACAAAGCUGAUUGGCGGAUAUCAAUAUCCGUAUAGCAUAUCUCUAGUGGAUAAGCACUAGGGUGGAGCGAAAAAACACUUUUCUGGAAUUAGCAAACCUAAUAAUUAUCAAUCA